CGUGGCGUCCAGGAGAGGGCGGGGCGAAACGCCCAGGCAGACCUACAGGAAGAGCCUCUGUGUAACAAGACAUGGCGUGCAGUUUCCGCAGGUCCAUCGCUUCUCAGCUUUCCAGGGUGUUGGAUCUUCCACCGGAAAACUUGAUCAAGUCAAUAUCUGCAGUUCCAGUUUCCAAGAAAGAAGAAGAAGCUGAUUUUCAGCUUUCUGUGGAUUCUCUAUUGGAAAACAAGAGAGACCAUUUAAGACCAGACAUUCAAGAUCAAGCCAAGAGACUGGCAGAGAAGCUCAAAUGUGAUACAGUGGUGAGUGAAAUCAGCACUGGUCAAGGGACUGUAAAUUUCAAAAUAAACAGAGAGCUAUUAACAAAGACAGUGUUACAACAAGUAAUCGAAGAUGGUUCAAAAUAUGGAUUAAAAAGUGAACUUUUCUCUGAUCUUCCCCAGAAGAAAAUAGUGGUUGAAUUCAGUUCACCUAAUAUUGCCAAAAAAUUUCAUGUUGGACAUUUACGUUCUACCAUCAUAGGAAAUUUUAUAGCAAAUCUCAAAGAAGCUUUAGGACAUCAAGUAACAAGAAUAAAUUACCUUGGAGAUUGGGGCAUGCAAUUUGGUCUUCUGGGAACUGGCUUCCAACUGUUUGGUUAUGAAGAAAAGCUCCAGUCCAAUCCUUUACAGCAUCUUUUUGAAGUUUAUGUACAAGUUAAUAAAGAAGCAGCAGAUGAUAAAAAUAUAGCAAAAUCAGCACAUGAGUUCUUCCAGCGACUGGAACUAGGAGACGUGCAAGCACUUUCUCUAUGGCAGAAAUUUCGGGACCUGAGCAUUGAGGAGUACAUUCGGAUUUACAAGCGUCUUGGAGUACACUUUGAUGAAUACUCUGGAGAAUCAUUUUAUCGUGAAAAAUCUCAAGAAGUGUUAAAAUUGCUGGACAGUAAAGGACUUCUACAGAAAACAGUAAAAGGAACAGCUGUAGUGGAUCUCUCUGGGAAAGGUGAUCCCUCCUCAAUUUGUACUGUAAUGCGAAGUGAUGGGACUUCUCUCUAUGCAACCAGAGAUCUUGCAGCUGCUAUAGAUCGAAUGGACAAGUAUAAUUUUGAUACAAUGAUUUAUGUGACAGAUAAAGGGCAAAAACAGCAUUUUCAGCACGUGUUCCAGAUGCUGAAGACCAUGGGGUACGACUGGGUGGAAAGGUGCCAGCAUGUGCCCUUCGGAGUAGUGCAGGGAAUGAAGACUCGAAGAGGAGAUGUUACUUUUCUGGAAGAUGUCUUAAAUGAGAUUCAGUUAAGGAUGCUACAGAACAUGGCUUCUAUUAAGACAACUAAAGAACUUGAGAACCCACAGGAGACUGCAGAGAGGGUCGGGCUCGCAGCACUCAUUAUUCAGGACUUCAGAGGUUUACUAUUAUCUGACUAUCAGUUUAGCUGGGAUCGUGUUUUCCAGAGUCGCGGUGACACUGGAGUCUUCCUACAGUACACACAUGCCCGCCUGCACAGUUUGGAAGAGACUUUUGGAUACAGUUAUCUGAAUGACUUCAAUCCUGCUUGUUUACAAGAGCCACAGUCUAUUUCAAUUCUCCAGCAUCUUCUCAGGUUCGACGAGGUGCUUUACAGAUCUUCUCAGGACCUUCAGCCCAGGCACAUUGUCAGUUACCUAAUAACUCUAAGUCAUCUUGCGGCUGUGGCACAUAAAACACUGCAAGUAAAACACAGUCCUCCUGAAGUGGCUGGGGCCAGACUUCUUCUUUUCAGAGCUGCCCGUUGUGUCCUAGCCAAUGGAAUGAAGCUUCUGGGAAUAACACCUGUAUCUCGGAUGUAAUUUUGAAUUAUAAUGGCUUUAAAAAAUGCUAAAUGAAUUCUAGUUAUCUACUCUUAGAUGCACAGGAGACGCUGGUGGUGUAGUGGUUAAGUGCUACGGCUGCUACCCAAAGGGUCGGCAGUUCAAAUCUGCAGGGCGCUCCUUGGAAACUCUAUGGGGCAGUUCUACUCUGUCCUAUAGGGUCGCUAUGAAUCGGAAUUGACUCGACGGCACUGGGUUUUUGGGUUAUUCUUAGAUGCCUUGCUUUUCAAAAUAGAAUUUAAACUAUCAUUCUGUGUCAGAAUCUAUAUUAUAUUAAAUCUAAGUGAUUUAUCAAUUUAAAGUUUUUAUCCUUAAAAAAAAUCUGAAUUCCCACAUGGUCAAAAAAAGCCAAAUCAGUUGCCAUAGAGUCAGUUCCAGCUCAUGGCAACCCCACUUGUGCAGAAUAGCACUGCUCCACAGGGCCUUCAAGGCUGUAGCCUUUCAGAAGCAGAUCACCAGGACUUCUCUGAGGCACCUCUGGGUGGUUUCAAACCACCACCCUUUGGUUAGUAGUUAGCCACUUAACCAUUUGUGCCACCCAGGGACUUCACUUGGUCAAAAGGUACUAAAUAAACAUUAAAUAAAAUUGAGUCAAGACUUUUUUAAAUUCAAACCAUUGUGGUCUAAUGGGGAAAAGGGUUAAAGUUUAAACUCUGGCCUAAGGUUUCUUACAGAGUGAUUCUUCCAGAAACUGUUCUUAUAACUGAGAUCAUCUAACUCUUCCAUCAAUAAAAUAACUGAUGAGGUAAAAUCUCAAUUUUCUUAUAUUGUGCCUAGUUCUGAAUAAGUUUAGGAAGACCAGAAAGAAGCAUCUUUUUGUCAGUAUAGCUGACAACUACCCCAAGAGUACAGAUCUCAUGCGUACCUUUUAGUUGAUAUAUACAGGUAACCCUUACUAUAUGAACUCAGGAACGGAACACAUUUGGAUAGCAAGGAAUUACUUGUAUAGACAUUGUAUUAGUAUCUUCUCCCAAAAAUGACUCUAGUAGUUAAAGCAUGAUCUGAAAU